UUUUAAUCCGCUGGAAGUUUAAUUAUCGUAUGAAUCCUUGAAUUUUCCAUUGAAAGGUUGGGAAACUAAACAGUUCAAGGCACGCUGAUAUUUAAGCUUCAGCUUGAAAAUUUCAGUUUUUAUUGACUGUGAACGUUUUAAGCUUUGGGUUAAUUUCUUAUCCACUGGUUGGGUCCUCAGAAGGAUCCAAUUUUAAAUUUUCUCACUUAGAUUGACUACUUCAUGUCAGUAGAAAGGUCAUUAGAAGCCUGGGAAGAGGUCCAACGCCAUGGACAGGACCUUGCCGAUAGGAUAGCUCAAGGUUUCACUGGCUUAAUCCAUUCCCACAUGAACCCACCUUCCUUUUCAUGGCCAACCCCUCCAAAACCCAUGCUUUUCGACCUGGAAUUCGCCUCCCAAUCCUUUGUCAAAAAGGAUUUUGGCCUUCCCAUUGACAAGUCAACCAUUUUCGACAUCGGUGAUAUCGGGAACACGAUCGGCCGAGUCGGGGCUGAUUUCAGUGCAGGCUUGAAUGGGCUAGUGCAGCAGUUCUUCAGGAGUUUGCCCAUCCCCUUUCGCGCCGAGGAGAGGACGGUUUUUCCGGUUAGAGGUGAUAUGAUUUUAAAACGGCAGAAGGCUGAGGUAGGUGGCAAUGAUAUGGAGGGUUGGGUGGGGUUUUCAGAUCCAUAUAAGGAUUUCGGGUUCGUCGAAAAGGAGAGUGGUUCGGAUGGAGUUGAGGAUGAAGAGGUUUCAGGGUUCAAUUUGAAGUCUGCUGGAUUACUUGGGAGACCUCAGCAGGGGAUGAUAAAUAUUACCUCAACGUAUGAGAGUAGAACACGAAAUUUAGAAAGUUCUUUGGUUGCAAGGGGAGACCUAUGGAGAGUGGAGGCAUCGAAUGGAAGUUCUACAUCAGGGAGUGACAACUCUUUGUUUCUUCUUCAGCUUGGACCAGUACUUUUCGUCAGGGACACUACACUUCUUUUACCAGUUCAUCUAUCAAAGCAACAUUUGCUUUGGUACGGCUAUGAUAGGAAGAAUGGAAUGCAUUCUCUUUGUCCAGCAAUAUGGUCAAAGCAUAGGAGAUGGCUAUUAAUGUCAAUGCUCUGUCUUAAGCCUUUAGCCUGUUCAUUUGUAGAUUUGCAAUUUCCAAAUGGACAGUUCACGUAUGUAUCUGGCGAGGGGCUAACAACAAGUGCUUUCCUACCUCUUUGUGGGGGACUUCUUCAGGCACAGGGGCAAUAUCCAGGAGAAAUGAGAUAUAGCUUCUCCUGCAAGAAUAAGUGGGGAACCCGUAUUACACCAAUGGUGCAAUUGCCAGACAAAUCAUUUACGCUGGGUCUUUCACAAGCCUUGGCUUGGAAGCAAUCGGGGCUCAUGAUGAGGCCAUCCAUUCAAUUUAGUUUGUUUCCAACGUUUGGUGGAAGUAAUCCGGGGUUGCGAACUGAAAUUAUGCACACGGUGAAGGAGGAUCUCAAUCUGAUUUGUGGUUGUGCUCUGACGACACAUCCUUCUGCGUUUGCAUCAAUAUCGUUUGGACGCUCUAAGUGGAAUGGAAAUGUCGGGAAGUCAGGGAUAGUAGUAAGAGUCAACACACCACUUUCCAAUGUUGGCCGCCCUUCAUUUUCUGUUCAGAUAAACAACGCCAUUGAGUUCUGAUCGUUUGACUUCCAAAGCCUGCCGUUGAAGUGUAUAUAGAGCCCCGGUGCGCCUAAAAUAAGUGAUACAUGUGAAUAUCGGAAUGCUACUUGUGUUAUUACCGUAUUAGAUCUCAGAUCCAACUUUGGAGAUUCAUGGUCUUUUCUGGAUGGUUUUUGCCAGAGAUCAGGUCAACAAAUUUUGGUUUCUGUUUCUGUUUUAGCCUUUCAUUUGUUAUAGAUCUAGAUGUACCAUAUACCUGAA